AUGGGCGCUGUGACUGUUUCACCCGAGUUCGGGCGACGUAUGGGAUACACGAACGAUAAGGACGAAGUCAUCAAACCCAUGCUCCAGGGCGGGAUUGCCGCCGUAUACUAUCUUGGCUCUCUUUUCGCAGCCUUUUGGGCUGGCAGCUUCUCUGACAACUACGGUCGUAUCAAGGGUAUGUGGAUGGCAUGCUUCUGGUGUAUAGCCGGGGUUAUCCUACAAGCCUCUGCUGUCAACCUUUCACACAUGCUUUGUGCACGAUUCGUCGCUGGCAUGGGUGUGGCCUUCAUCCUUGUCAUUGCGCCUAUGUGGACGGCCGAGCUUUCUGCUGCAUCACACAGAGGCAAGCAGGUCGCUCUAACAUUCUUCGCCAACUUCUCUGGCAUCGCCCUCGCGGCGUGGAUCGGUUUUGGCACAUCCUUCGCUGAGCUAGCUGGUGGACAGUUUCGCUGGCGGUUUGAGAUUUCAUUCAAGUCAUCCCUGUAG